UCAUUAGAACCUUUCGAGUCGAUAUGUUGAAGUUCGGGAAAUAUUUUUGGAUCGCAUUUCUUGUGAGCCAUCUCUAUGGCAAAGCCAUGUCAGAGGAUACUUGUUCCUUUUGUGUACUAAAAGAUGCACCAAGUCAGUGUGCUACAUUUUGCCUUUCGGCACUGCAUCCGUUGUAUGAUCACAAUACGAAGCACCAGCACAAGAUGAACUCUCUGGCUGACACUCUGUCUAAUAGCAACGUGAAAUUGGACAAGAUCGAAGGUCAAAUGCAGUCCUUACAGACCACGAUGGAAACUCUGAAAACAUCCAUCGAGGAAAUUUUACAAAGGAUUAACAAUCAGAACUGUGACACACGGAUAGAGGAAAACCAAUUAACUGACAGUCAGAAAACUGUAUCCGGAAUGAAUGAUAAAAUCACUUUGCCGGGCUUCAAGCAGAUCGGGUCGAGUUCAUUCUAUAUCGAGAAAAGAGUUAGACAAGAUUGGCCCACUGCUGAAAAGACUUGCCGUCAAAAGGGAGGUCACCUUGCAUCAAUAAACAAUGAAGAAGAGUUUAAUGCCAUCACCGGAAAACUCGAUCAAUCUUGGUACUGGAUAGGCAUAAACGAUCAGGAAAAAGAGGGCGAGUUCGUGUCUGUAGCAUCCGGAAAACCAGCACCAUUUUUAAAAUGGGGUUGGUUCAGAUACAGCGACGGAAACGCUAGGGACUGCGUAACAUUGUCCAAAAAUGGAUUAUUGGAUGUUUAUUGCAACGAAACUUUAUAUUUUAUUUGCCAGCAAGGCAAUGACAUAUAGUUACUUGCCAUAUUUUUCUGAAAUAUUUUUUAAACUUACAUUUAUGCUUACUAAAAUAUAACAU